CUGCUCUUUAAAGAAAUAAAGGAUGAACUUACUGAAUGGAGAUUCGCUGCUGAGUACAGAGCAGGACUGAAAACCUCGACGGAGCGAUGCGAAUGCAAUCUUUACAGGAGUUUACAGAUGCGCGGCGAUGUGAUUUGAAACAUUAAAGUGAUCUCGUGCGGUCAACGGAAGGACAAUCAAAAGGUUGGCAGACUGGCACGCAAGCACAGAUGGCAGAGGUGAUGGAGGGCAGCACAGCAGCAGUGCCCAACACCUGUGUGGACUGGCAGAAACGAUGCAUCGCCCUGGAGACGCAGCUCAUGAGGUUUCGCCUGCAAGCAGGAAACAUUCGCCACCUACUCGCUGAAAGGAUGCAGGAGUUGGAGCAAAAAGUGAUAGAGUCUGACCAGCGGGCAGAGAAUGCUGAAAAACAGGUACAAAUCAUGGGGGAGAAGCUGAAGUCUGCAAACAUGCAACCCAGUGAAUCAGAAAACUCAUUUUACAGGCAGUACCAAGAGCUGAGCAGUCAAAUGCAGGAAAAAGACAUGAUCAUAAAAAAAUUGGAGGACCAUCUGGAGAAGCAGAACUUGGUUCGAGCCCAAGAAGCCAAGAUCAUAGAGGAGAAGGCUGCCAAAAUCAAAGACUGGGUAACUUUCAAGUUACGAGAGAUGGAAACAGAGAACCAGCAGCUGAAAAAGGCAAACCUAAAGCAGGCAGAGCAAAUCCUCAUACUGCAAGACAAGCUUCAAACUCUUCUUGAAAGGCCAGUUGUGGAUGCCCACCUGGUUCCCUCCAGCCCCCUACACCCUCCCAGUUGCCCAGGGACACCCCCCGCCCAGGAGGAGGGCUGGAGACUAACAGGUUCUUGCUUAGGGGGAAACACCUCUAAAGAUGGCAAGAGGAAAAUCGCAGAUGGCUGUGAUUCUGCUUUUCAUAGUGCAUCCUUAUUUCCAACAUUACAAGACAAAGGAGACUCUCAUAAGUCUAGUCAAGAUGAGGUAGACACCACAGCCUUGGUAAAGGAGGGAGAAGAGAGCACAGAGCUUUCUUUUGGGGAGACACGAGGGAGAACAGUGGGAGGAGCCCCAGACAGAGACCAUUCUUCCGAUGAACUCAACAGCAAAUUCCGUUCCCAGCGCCUACGAUCUUCCUCCUCAUCCUCCUCCUCGUCCUCAGCAUAUGAGACUCCUGGUCCUGAUGGCUUUGACACGCCCACCCCAACACCUAAAAGCCCUCCCCCCACACCCGUCUCACCUCCUUUAAUCCGCCUCCCGCUGUCAAUUCCCUUCCCUCUGUCCUUACCCUCUGGCACCAGCAUGACCCUCCCCAAAGUACGCACCCCUCUAACUCCCCGUGACAGCAUACAGCUCGUAAAAAAGCAUCACAGUCAGCCACAACCUGGCAUGGAGCGCUUCCAUCAGGUCAACAUUGAUAUAGGAAACUGCACCGCCCCUUCCGGCCAAAGUCUGAUGUUGGGUUCCACACAUGGGCUGGAAGAGACUGACAUUGAUGAAGGACCUCCAGAGAACAUGGAGGGUGUGGUGGAGGGACCAGAGAUGGAAGAACUGUCUUCUGAUGGGAUCUUAUGUGAAGGGUUGGAUAAGGAACUAGAGAUGAUGGACCCAGAAGUCCUAAAACCACCUACUCCACCUUUGCACAGAUUCCCCUCUUGGGAGAGCCGUAUAUAUGCAGUAGCUAAAUCAGGAAUGAGAGUUUCAGAGGCCUGUCUUGGUGCAAAAACAACUGGCAGAGUAUCCACCCAACCUCAACAUGCUGCUGCUGGCCCUUUUACCCACCUUAUUUAUAAGAACAUGAGUGUGCCUGUGUAUUCCACAUUUAAAGGGAAAGCAACUCAGAUCAGCAGCGUCCCUCUCCCUGAUGAUGAUUCUGGUUCAGAAGAUGACAGCAGCUCAUUGGCCAGCCUGCACACAUCCACACUGGGACCGGAUAAGAAGGGCAGCACCCCUGGCAGUCCCCGCGCCGUGAAAAGAGGUGUGUCUGUGUCAUCUAUCAGCUCAGAGAGCGACUAUGCCAUUCCUCCAGAUGCGUAUUCUCUGGACAGUGACUGCUCUGAACCCGAGCACAAGGUCCAGCGUACCUCCUCUUAUUCCUGCGAGAGCUUCGGGCCGGAGACUCUUGAGAAGUCAGGUUACCUGUUGAAGAUGGGAAGUCAGGUAAAGGCAUGGAAGAGACGCUGGUUUAUUCUAAGGAAUGGGGAGAUCUUGUACUAUAAGUCUCCGAGUGACGUGAUCCGGAAACCUCAGGGCCAAAUGGAGCUAAACUCCUCGUGUCAGAUAGCCCGUGGAGAGGGGGCUCAGACAUUCCAGUUAAUUACAGAAAAGAAGACCUUUUACCUGGCUGCAGACUCCCCAAAUAUCCUGGAAGAGUGGAUCAGAGUUCUCCAGAAUGUUCUGAAGGUCCAGGCUAGUGGACCUGUUUCUAUGGAUAUGGAAGGCAAGCCUACAGUGCGAGGUUGGCUUACUAAGGUAAAACAUGGUCACUCAAAGCUUGUGUGGUGUGCUUUGAUUGGAAAAGUGUUCUACUACUAUCGUAACCAUGAUGACAAGUUCCCAUUGGGUCAGUUGCGCAUCCGUGAAGCACGGGUGGAAGAAGUCGACAGGUCAUGUGACUCUGAUGAGGAUUAUGAAGCAGGUGGGCGGGGCUUCCUAUCCUCUCACUUCACAUUAGUGGUCCAUCCCAAGGAGCAAAGCCCCACCUACCUGCUUGUGGGCACCAAACAAGAAAAGGACACCUGGCUGUACCACCUGACUGUGGCGGCAGGCAGUUGUGCCAGUUUGAGGGUGGGCACAGAGUAUGAGCAGCUGAUUGGCAAGCUGUUGGACACAGAUGGAGACCCAGAUUUGGGGCUGUGGAAGCAUGGAGUGCUGUGCUUCAGUAAGGAGGGACUGCGGUCGCCCCUCACCACGCUGCCCUCUGAAGCACUUCAAACGGAGGCUCUUAAACUCUUUAAGUCAUGUCAGCUCUUCAUUAAUGUUCUGGUGGAGUCGCCCUCCAUAGACUACCACACUUCGCUGGCCCAGAAUGCACUGCAGGUCUGCCUAACACAUCCAGAGCUCCAGAACGAGAUGUACUGCCAGUUGAUCAAACAAACCAACUGCCGUAAGCCUCACAACUAUUCCCUCACACAGUGCUGGCAGCUGUUAUCAUUGUGUGUGGCUCUCUUCCUGCCUCAGCAUCGCUUCCUGUGGUACCUGAGACAGUACCUGCAGCACAAUGCAGAUCCCAGAUCUGAAGUAGGAAAGUAUGCUGUGUACUGUCAGCGGUCAGUGGAGAGAACUUUACAGAAUGGAGAGAGAGAGGCCAAACCCUCACGGAUGGAGAUUUUGUCUAUUCUGCUGAGAAACCCAUAUCAUCACUCACUACCAUUUAGCAUACCUGUCCACUUCAUGAAUAAUACAUAUGAGGUGGUAGGUUUCGAUGGUUCUACCACGGUGGAAGAAUUUCUGAACACAUUGAACCAGAGAACAGGGAUGAGAAAGCCACAGAUUUCAGGUUUUGCACUUUUUACUGAUGACCCCUCUGGAAAAGACCUGGAGCACUGCCUGCAGUCCAGCUAUAAGAUUUGUGAUGUCAUCUCAAAGUGGGAACAAGCUUUGAAAGAGCUUCAUCCAGGAAAAUAUGAAGGAACACGGAUUGUCCGCCUAACUUACAAAAGCAGGCUGUGUUUCCGAGCGCAGGCUAAUGGAGAAACAGAACGAGAGCGCCUCCUGCUGGCGUAUCAAGUAAAUGAUGAGGUACAACAAGGGCACUUUCCUGUCAGUAAGGAACUGGGAUUGGAAGUGGCUGCAUUGAUGGCACAGGUUGAGCAUGGUGAUCUGGAUCGCCCUGCAAUGUCCCCUGGUUCUCCUCAGUCAAAGACCCAGCAGAUACUUCUGCAAGUACUAGAGCGCUUUUACCCAAAACGGUACAAGCAGGAAUGCAGCAUGGAACAUCUCAGGGACCUUGCUGAGCGUUUGGCCACUAAGUGGUCUGUUUUGCGUGGAUGCACAGCUUCAGAAUGUGUGAGAAUCUAUCUGACUGUGGCCCGCAAAUGGCCUCUUUUUGGGGCCAAGCUUUUCAGUGCCAAGCCUUUACCACCUUCUCCAUUUGACCAAACUCAAGUGUGGUUGGCUGUUAAUGAAGAUGGACUGAGUGUUCUGGACUACACAAUGCAUCUUUUAGUCACAUAUCCAUACCAGUCGGUGAUCACCUUUGGAGGCUGCAAGGAGGACUUCAUGGUUGUUGUCAGCCAGGUUAAAGACCAGGCUUCAGGCAAGAAGACUGUGGAGAAAUUUUCAUUUACAAUGGCUAAACCAAAGAUUCUGGAACUGACUCUUCUCAUGGCUAGUUAUAUCAAUUACUGGACCUCCAGUCUGCCAGGUGCUAGCAACCAGACACAAGGAUCAGCACUCGGACCUCAAGGAGACAGAAGGCUGUGGGACAUAGAAAGCAGACACUUUCCAUCAAUGACAUAUACCACUAAAAGCCCCACUCUUCUUUAAAGGAAUAGCUCACCCAAAAAUGAAAAUUCUCUUAGUUACUUACCCUCAUGCCAUCUCGGGUGCAUAUGACCCACCUGUCGCAUGUGUAUUGUAAAGCUCACCACGAGAAGUCUACAAUGAAUACAAUUUAGUGUUCAUCUGAAAAAAUAAGUCAUAUAUAGUACCUGGAAUUGUACCUGGAAUAAAUUUUUUAAAAAGUGCCUUGAUACAUUGGCAACUCUAAAUGUGCCUUUCAAACCCUUUUGAUCUAGAGAACUCAGUUUAUAGAGAUAUGAUUCGUUUGGUUUAGAAAGUUUAUAUAAACUGCGAGGAAAGUUGUGUGAAUAGGCCAACUUCUUGCACACUUCUUGUUCACAGUGCAGCUUUACAAGACUUGUGUAAACCACCCUGAGAAGAUCACCCACUUAGUCAGCAUAGCUCCAACUUUGUAUUUUUCUGGAGUGCAAAAAUGUUGGAAAUGUUCGAUGCCUAGAGGAAGUCACUUGCAUAACAUGAUUUUUUUGUUUGAUUUAUUUUGGAUUUUUUUUUUUUAUCUAUGUCUAUCCAGGACAUUUCUUCUUUUUCACGGUACAUUAGUUAGCAGUACUGUCAUCUCUAGUAUUUUAACACAUUUGGCGGAAAUUAGCUAAUCAGUAGCUAGUCUUACGUGGUAAACUGUUCUAUAUUGUUCUCCUUUUUUUAACAUGGGCUAUUGCACAGAUGAAAUUGUGAGGGCAUAGAGCUAUACUCACAUUACUGGUAGUGCAACAGGGAUGAUAGAUUAAGUUUUGUAUUCAAGCAAGAAAUUAAUUGAAAAUCAGUACUAUGUGAAUAUGAUGAGUUGUUACAGGUUUACUUUCUCUAACAUUGUUCUGUAGUACUACCAAACAUAAUGCUUAAUCUGAGCCAAAUGUUCCUUUUUUUAUUUAGUUACUGAAUAAAUAAGCACGUUUUAUUUGCUAUCCAAUGCCUCCUGCAGAAAGUAAUGCAAUACCCUACACCUAUCUCAACAUAACGUUAAUAUGUGCAGGACCAUGUAUUUUCGUGUAGUUUGUCAUUAUCAUGGUAAUGAUGUCUUAGACUUUUUAUAUUUCCUUAGCAAUUAGAUCUUGAGAAAAUCUAUUUCUGUAUAAACUUUUACAUACAGGUAAAGGUAUAACAGGUUUUCAGCCAUCAAAAACAUACAGUGUUAGCUAUUCUGCAUCUGUUUUAAAAACAGACAUGUAAUAAAAGCUAAAAAAACACACUGUACCUUUAAUGCACCAGUACCUAAGAUAUUGGAGGACACUGUUGUAGGGAGGAUUUUUAAAAGAAGUGUCAACUAACUUGAAUUAUUAUAUGAAUUAAACCACUGUCUCCUUAUUUUAAAUAUUUAUUUUGUCAUUUUGUUUUUGAAAUGUAGCUGUUUUAGUGUAAUCAACUUUUGUUAAACCACUUUAGUUUUUUUUUUUUUAGAAGUGUUCCAAGUAGUUUGGAAUUAAUGUCACUUUUGUUGUCAAAAAAUGUAGUAGUAUACCAUAGAGAUCAGUGAUGGGUACAGAUUUUAAAAUAAUGCCGUGACGGCAUCAAAUACUAUAAAAAAAGAUUGUUAAAAAAUAAAAUAUUCAUUUAA